GGGCCGGGUCCGGGCUCUGGCCUGGAAGUGAAUGCCUGUGCUCUUAGUGCUGGCUAUGUACUCCCCUCCAACACUGCUCCUUUCUGAGUAAGGUGUCUGAUGGGAGCCUGUGAUGGGUUAUUUUCAUGAUCUGGAAUUUCUGAGCUGCCUACUGUAAACCAACGAAUGAAAAGCCCACUAUUGUGCUACUCUACGUCAUCUCGAAUAGCACUGCUGCUGAUGGAGAGAAUCCGGACUUGGUAGUUCACUUGGAGGCAAAUUAUUGAGAAAAAUUAAUUUCCUUGGAUCUGGGUCGUUCUUACCAUGGACUCGUCAUCUGUUGAGCAAGGUGCCCUGUUGGAGAACAGAGCUAGCAAUGGGGCCUCUCACAGUUCAGAAGGACGUCUGGAUUAUAAGGCCAAAUCAGAUAUGCCAACUGAAGGAGCUGAAAUUAAUACAACUAGUAUUAAUGCCAACAAAGUGCCAAAUGAAGGAGAAAGUCUGGAGAUAAACAGCAAAUGGGACACUUACCAGAAUGGACCAGAGGCACUCUUUCCCGACCUCCCUUUGUCUUUUGAACCAACCAGCAGUCCACAUGGUCAAGUGUCUCCAGGUGUGGCUGGUUUCCAUGACAACCUAAGGAAGUCUCAGGGAACUAGUGCUGAGGGAAUAGUUCUUAGAAAAGAAGCUUUGCAGUCACUCAAACUAAGUCUUCCCAUGCAAGAAACUGAAUUGUGUUCAGCAGAGUCUUCACUCCCAUUGGAGAAAGAGGAACAAAUCAGACUUCAGGCAAGAAGGCGUCUGGAAGAGCAGCUCAAACAGUACAGAGUAAAAAGGCACCAAGAAAGAUCCAGCUCCUCUACAUCCAAAACCCGGCCCUCUAGUACACUAGAUCCUGAGCUGAUGUUAAAUCCAGAAAUCUUGCCAAGGGCCAGCACUGUAGCUAUGACAAAAGAAUACUCCUUCUUGCGGACCAGUGUCCCAAGGGGGCCAAAACUGGGCAGCCUGGGACUUCCAGCUCCUUCAAAAGAGAAAAGAAGCUCCAAAUCUUCCAAGUCAAGUAAUAUCCGUUCCUUGGCUGAUUACAGAACUGAAAAUUCAGAUCCUGGAAAUGCUACUAGGAAUUUUGAGACUUCUGAUGCAUCUGGUGGGUCUCUAAAGGAGAAUAGAAGUGGUCUGACUUCUGUUGUAUCUGAAAUCAGUCUCCGCUCUGAAACAGAUGACCGACUGGAGAAUUCCUCCAUAGCAGGAGACAGUGUUUCAGAGAUUGAUGGAAGCGAUUUAGGAACAAGGCUGGAUGGAAAUGAGAGUGACAGCUCUUCCUACAGCAGUGUGUCAGGAAGGGGGACGUAUAGCAUUUUACUGAAUGCAGAAGGCAAACAGGGCAUUUCAUAUACAGUAAAUGGCCAGGAGAUCCCUCCAGAUGGAGUGGGGCAAUUUCCUUCCAUCAGGGAAGUAUUGCAGGCUGCAGCAGCAGAGCAUCAUGCCCAGAACCAGGAAGUUAAUGGGGAAGUGCGGAGUCGGAGAGACAGUAUUUCUAGCAGUGUGUCUAUGGAAAGCUCUGUCACAGGAACUCAUGAUGAAAUGUUGCAGGUCCUAAAAGAAAAGAUGAGACUUGAAGGACAGCUCGAAGCACUGUCAUUAGAAGCUAAUCAGGCACUUAAAGAGAAGACCGAGCUGCAAGCCCAGAUUGCAGCUUUGAACAUGAGGCUUCAGGCUCAGAUGGAGCACAGCCAGAGCAGCCAACAGAAGCAGGACUCUUUGAGUUCAGAAGUGGCUACCUUAAAGCAAUCUUGCUGGGAUCUGGAACGAGCUAUGGCUGACCUGCAAAACACCUUGGAAGCCAAGAAUGCUAGCCUGGCUUCCUCAAAUAAUGACCUGCAACUGGCAGAGGAACAGUACCAAAGACUCAUGGGAAAAGUUGAAGAUAUGCAAAAAAAUGUUCUCAGCAAGGAUAACGCAGUACACAGUCUGCGACAGCAAAUGGCUUCCUUACAGAACCAGCUUCAGCAAGUGCAGUUAGAACGGACCACACUGACCAAUAAGCUAAAAGAAUCUCAAGCAGAGAUCGCAUUGCUGCAAAAUGUGCGGCAGUGGUACCAGCAGCAAUUGGCAGUGGCACAGGAGGCACGUGUUAGACUACAGAGUGAGAUGGCCAAUAUACAGGCUGGGCAAAUGACCCAAGCAGGUAUGUUGGAGCACCUCAAACUAGAGAAUGUGUCAUUGUCUCAUCAGCUAACAGAGACCCAGCACAGAUCCAUCAAAGAAAAGGAACGUAUUGCAGCACAGCUGCAAAAUAUUGAGGCUGACAUGUUAGAUCAAGAAGCUGCAUUUGUACAGAUCCAGGAGGCUAAAACCAUGGUGGAAGAUGACCUGCAGAGAAGGCUGGAGGAGUUUGAGGAUGAGAGAGAACAACUGCAGAAAAUGGCUGAUUCUGCAGCAACACUGGAACAAGAACUGGAACAGGUUAAAUUGAUUCUGCAUCAGCGAGAUCUGCAGCUUGAAUCUUUACAGCAAGAGCAUCUAGUGCUCAUGAAGCAGCUCACCUUAACCCAAGAAUCACUGCACACCAAAGAACAGUCCCUAAAUGACCUACAGACUCAAUAUGAUGAGCUGGUGGCCAGGUUAGAGGAAUUCCAAGGUGAUGUUAUUUCCAAGGAUGACACGAUCCAAUAUUUGCAGAAUGAGAAGAUUGUCCUAGAGGUAGCUCUGCAGGCAGCAAAAGCAAGCAAAGAAGAACUUGAUGAAGGAGCAAACUUCUUAGGUGAAAGUACUGAGGCAGCAUCAGAAAUCUUGGCACAAUUGAGACAAGAAAUAGCUAUAAAGUCAAGCCAGGUGGAAAAUCUGCAACAGGAAAGUGCCAGCCUGAAGAAACAGACCCAAAAAGUAAAGGAGCAGUUCCUACAGCAAAAGGUAAUGGUGGAAGCUUAUCGAAGAGAUGCAAGUUCAAAGGACCAGCUGAUUAGUGAAUUGAAAUCUACAAAGAAGCGGCUGGAUUCGGAAGUGAAAGAAUUAAAACGGGAGCUACUGAAACUUCAAGGUGAAAAGCAGUCCAUUGAUGUUGAACGCUCAAGACUUCAGAAGGAAGUAUCCCAGGUUCACCAGCAGAUGGUGGAGUUAGAAAGCCACCUCCAGUCAGUGCAAAAAGAACGGGAUGACAUGGAGAUACAGCUACAGUCUUUGCAGAUUGAUAAAGAACAAAUGACAUCUCUUGCUGAGGUGAAUGAGGUAUUAAAACUACAGGUAGAACAAAUGCAAGAGGAAGCCAAAAAGGCCAUCACUGAACAGAAACAAAAAAUGAAGCGUCUGGGGUCAGAUCUGACCAGUGCACAGAAAGAAAUGAAGGCAAAACACAAAGCCUAUGAGAAUGCAGUUGGCAUUCUUAGCCGCCGGCUGCAGGAAGCCCUCACUUCAAAGGAAUCUUCUGAACUGGAGCUGAGCAAACUAAAAGCACAAAUCGCUGAUGGAGGAAAUAACCAGGCUUCCCAUGAAAGGAUUCAAGCUUUGGAGACAGAGCUGCAGGCUGUUAGCCACAGUAAGAUGAUGUUGGAGAAAGAGCUGCAAGAAGUAAUUUCACUCACCAGCCAGGAGCUUGAGGAGUACAGGGAAAAAGUGAUUGAACUUGAGGAUGAGCUUCAGGAAUCUAGAGGUUUCAGGAGGAAGAUAAAACGUUUAGAAGAAAUAAACAAGAAGUUGGCCCUCGAACUGGAACAUGAACGAGGGAAGCUCACUGGUCUUGGUCAGUCUAACACUGCUUUGCGAGAGCACAACAACAUCCUCGAAACAGCACUAGCAAAGAGAGAGGCAGACCUGGUACAGCUGAAUCUCCAGGUUCAAGCAGUCCUAAAGCGUAAAGAGGAGGAGGAUCAGCAAAUGAAACAACUUAUUCAAGCCUUACAGACUGCCUUAGAAAGAGAAAAGUCAAAAGUUAAUAACCUUAAAGAGCAGGUUGCGGCAGCCAAAGUAGAUGCAGCACAUAACCGUCGUCAUUAUAGAGCUGCUGUUCUUGAGCUGAGUGAAAUUAAGAAAGAGCUACAAGCCAAAGAACUGCUUGUCCAAGCCCUUCAGGCUGAAGCAGACAAACUACAGGUUCAGGAUGGAAAACAUUCUCAAGAAGUAUCACAGUUCCAGCAAGAGUUGGCAGAAGCCGGGUCUCAACUCCAGCUUCUACAGAAACAGCUGGACGAACAACUUAGCAAACAGCCUGUUGAAAACCAAGAGGUUGAAGACCUCAAAUGGGAGGUGGAGCAGAAGGAGAGAGAAAUCCAAACACUGAAGCAGCAGUUGGAUAUGACUGAGCAACGCAGUCAAAAGGAGUUAGAAGGAAUACAAGUAGUAUUACAGAAUAUCAAGACUGAGUUGGAGAUGGUGCGGGAAGAUCUGUCAAUGACUCAGAAGGACAAGUUCAUGCUUCAGGCUAAAGUGACUGAAUUGAAGAACAGCAUGAAGACACUGCUGCAGCAGAACCAGCAGCUGAAGACUGACCUGAAGCAUGGCAAGAUGAAGAAGAAGAAGGAACUGAAGGGAGAGACUAAUUCUUCAAAUCCUGUGACUCCAGUGAAGAUUCCUGACUGUCCAGUCCCUGCUGCACUGCUAGAAGAGCUAUUGAAACCAUCAACAGCUGUGAGCAAGGAGCCUUUAAAAAACCUGAACAGCUGUCUCCGCCAACUAAAGCAAGAAAUGGACAGCCUUCAGCGUCAGAUGGAGGAACACACCAUAACAGUACAUGAAUCAAUGUCGUCUUGGACUCAGAUCGAAGGGCAAUUAAUGGACCUAACUUCUACCUGUCCUGCAACAGCAUCAGGUGAGCAGGAAAUUCCUGCUGUGGACAUAAAAGAACAGAAUCACAGUGCUGGUGACAAAGAAGCGUUGAAACAAUGACCGUUGUUUUUCAUCACAACUGCUCUAAGUGUGUACAGGAAUCUUUAUCAUUAUUUGUUUCAGUGGAUUUCUUUGUUAAAGGCAAAAGCAGAGCAAAUGAAUGGUUUCAAGGAAUCAGCAAAACAUUCAUUGUGGACCAUGCUGUAUUAAGGUUUCCUGUGAGGGAUGCCUUCGUCUCACUGAAGUAGUGAAAUCCAUGUUGGGGACAGAGGAUAAAUUUGGUGCAUUUAUGAGUCUAGGCAGAAAUUCAGAGGAAGGAUUAAAAAAAUCUGAAUUAUUACUAGAGAUAGGCCAAGAAGACACUGUUAGAUUCUGGGUCUGGAUUUGUUUAAUUUAGCUAAGGGAUCACUGUAAUCUUGCAACAUCAGAUUAUCUCAAAUUUUUCACCAUCUUGGGCUGCAUCCAAAUCGUAUCUGGAAAAGUAAGUCUUUUUCCAGUUCCAACCAUAGGCACUGGGUCAGACUUGGCAAUCUGAAUCCAAAACCUCCACCCUCUUGAAUUCAGGCUGUAGGUGUCCGGAUUUCAGAUUUUGGUUCAAGCCUGCCACUAGUUAUGACAAGCACCAUUGCCCUAUAUUAAAAGAAAUGGACUAUAAAAAGUUGGUCAGUGUAGACCAGUAACUUUCUUUGGCAAUGUUUGCCCAGGACAUUGUCUGGAGUGCCUGAUUUCCCUCUUGCAUUCUCAGGCCAGUGUGGAGCUUUGUUUCACUGCACAAAUGCUUUUUUUGCACCUUUUUAUUUAAUUUCUGAAGUAGACGUCCCCGGUACAGGGUAUGUAUAUAAAUAAUAAUCAUCUGACCUGGAGUGUCUGUUUUAGUAUGCGUAUACAGUAAAUUAAGAUUGACAUGGGUGUUUUUGUUACUGUCAUUGUUUAAUGUAUGACAUUUAAGUUUGCUGUUGGAAAACAUUGUACAUAGUCUUUACAGAAACUAGCCCAAAAAACCAGAGAUUUUAGAAAUGUAACUAUUUUAUUUGUAUCUUAAAGACAAAAUGAUAUGCCUAUAAAAUUAUUUUUAUUUUCAUUAGCUUUAACUUUUUUCAUCCUGCUCCCAAGUAAGUGCACACUGUUUAUGAAUGGGAGCAUUGGCACUACUGCAGCCCUCCUUGCAGAUGCACCCUGCUCGAUCUAAUACAAGAUGACUGAAGCAAUUGCCUUAGAGUCACGUCUCCUUUGAUCACAUCCCUAUCCUGUUGACAGUGCACGGAUAGGUCAUCCCUUCCUCCUCAUUCCUCUAGAAGUAACACCAAUGCUUUGUUUUGCCUACUCUACAGUCUGAAUCACACUUUGCACAUGACAAACUUACAUCUAGAGGAAUCAGUGGAUGCUCACAUACAUACAUGUACUUUUUGUUUUUCUUGAAAGAUACAGAAAAUAGGGAGAGUUACAUGCUCUGUAGUUUGGAUUUUUUUGACCAAUCAUUACAAAUAGAUUAAAUUACGGAAUAAAAUUAGGUUCUUGUGAGAUAAGGAUUGUUUGGUACUUAGAUUUUGCAUAUACUGAGACACAUUAUCAUCCUUAUCUCCGUUCUGCAGAUGGUCAAAAUCCAUCUUUUUCUAAAAAGACAGUUAUCUUUCCUUUGAGAGGGCUGCUUUUUUGCAAUAUCUUAAAAAAAAAAAAAAAAAAAAGUUAAAACAAACCAAUUUACCUUUUAUCUAAAAAUUUAGUUCUCUAAACCUCUUUUACUCAAUCCUGCUGAACAGUUUGUACUACAACAGUGUCUAAACUGACUGACAGUGAAACUCCAGUAUUGGAUUCUCUCUUAUCUUUUUGCUAAAAUAAAAUAAAAUAUAUGAAGGACUGAUAUUAAAGUUAAAAGUCAAGGAUUUCGGGUUUGAGAGGGAAUGAAUGGUUUAAUGUGGCAUUAGUUGCCAAUCAUGUAGGAUUACUGAACGGUUUUUAAAAAAGCCAAAAACUUUACCGACUCGCCCAGAUGUGCUAAUGUUUAUAUACUACUUAAGUCUUAUUUUACAGAGUGAAUGGUACUGACUAAUUUUGCUGCUGUUCAUGUCCUUUAAGCUGCCUGUAUAUUGUGCUCUAAGAGGAAAAAAUAAAAAUACUGUAUUGUUAAUUGAUCAAGUUAAAACUACAUAAUGACUAAUAUAUUCAGUGCAAAAAAUUUAUCAAAUGUUCAGGUUUUUAAGUAAAAUACCAUUUGUGCAGGUUUAAUAUUACUUUUCUGUGUGACAAAAUGCAUUAUCUACAGGUUAAGAAUCCAUUGUUUUAAUUUGUAAGUUUGGCAACAUUUGUACAGCCAAAGCAUUUAUCUGAGAUUUGUAUUGUACUAGUUACCAUAAUGCACCCUUUUUCAGGGCAGUGCUGCAUCUUUCUUAUGACCGCUUUAAAAGACAACAGUGUAUAUUAAUACAGCAAAGUAGCCUUAAGUGUAUAGUUUUCCUCUUAAGAAAAGAGAUAAUUAUGUUAAGUUGUGAGAUACAUUAGCAGGGCCGUCCCUAUGGAGGUGCGGGGCCUAGGGCGGAAGUGAUGAAUCUGUCUCUUCCAGGACUGACCCAUCACUUCCAGGACCAAACACGCCGGCCAAUCACACAGGCCUGCAGUGGUCACCCCGAUUCACUGUACCCAAGGGACGGCUCUGUAAAUUUGUUAUGUAAAAAUUGAUUUCUCCUUUACUCAACCAACCUGUCUCUGAGGGUACCCAGUUUCCUUUUUUAGACCUUUAAGAUAUCACACUUCUUGUUCCUUUAACUUAUAUUCACAAAACAAAAACAAAACCCAUCCUUGGGACCCAAAAGGGGUGGAUGACACUUGAGGGUGCUAAACCCUAUGAAGUGCUGAGGACAUCCUACUCCUAGUGAAGUCAGCAGGAGUUGAGGGAAUUCAGCAUGUCCUAGGAGAUGCUCAGCACAUUACAGGGCCAGGCCUUCACUUUAGAGCCCUUCCACCGUAUUCCUUAAUUCAGAGAGGUGGUGAUUGUUUUUUAAAAGGUUCUCCCUUCCACCAUGGGGCUCAGCAUGAUGUCUCCACAGCAGUCUCAGAUCUCUUGUUUCUCAGGCCUGUAAAACUAGGAGUGGGAAUAAAAACACUGGUCCCUCCUGCAUGUAUAAGAGCACUGACAAAUAAUUAAGAAGCAAAUCGGUGCCUCAUUAGCAUUGGUGUGCUUUUAGAAACUAAAGGAAUAAUCUCAAAGGGAUCUAUUUUUGCUGUGGUUUUGCACUGCAAUGGAAUGUAAUUUCUAUGUAUAUUUCCUCACUCCUAGUAGUUGCUACUUCCCCAGCCAAGUUUUAAUGAUGAAAGAGAAAUAAAUGUUGCUGUAUUGUAAAAAAAUUUAUGAAGUAAUAAGGUGGUAAAGGCUGCAGCAUUAUUUUUCAAAACCAUGUAUUGUUUUUGUUUUUUUAAAGAAACUUUCCCAGUUGUCUGUUUAAACCUAUGUUGGGAGGAAGCUUUUAUAGUUAGUCUCUGGUGUUGUAUUUUGCAUGAAGUUUAAUUCCAUUGUCUUCCAGGUUACUUGGAAAUUUUUGUGUACCACAUUAGGUGGUCAACUCAGUCCUUCCUCUUCUUGUGAAAAGAGUCUGAUCCCAUACUCUUCACUCAGGCAAUACCCCUAUUGAAAUCUGUGGGAGUUUCAUGUGUGUAAGGAGUAUAGUAUAGUGCCCAGAAUGGAAAUUCUAUCUAGGGCAUAUACAUUCAUGUAUUGUAUAUUCCUCCUCAUAUAAGUGAAAUUCAGUGUUGUGAGGGUUUAACAGCAAUUAAGAUAUCCCACAGGGUGCAUUGAUGGUGAUUAAUCUGGUCAAUAUAAAUUUGAUUCAAAGAUGGCAAAUUCGCUACUGGUUUAAUAGAUGCACAAACUGGUGAUGUAUGUUUAUCUUAAUUUUGUGAGUGAGGUGUGAAUUCUUGCAUGUCAUACCCCCAGUGACCAGAAGCCUUUUUUAUGGGUACAGUGUUUUCAUUAUGAAAGCAGUGACAGCCCAGAGUAACCAUUAAUGCUAGCCAGAUGGGAUAUGAUGGGAGGGAAACAUUCUAAAUAUUGUAAAAGAAAUGCUGUCAUGUUUUAUAUGUGAUUUUUCAGUCAUCUGCUGUCUAAUUCAAUUGUAUUUAUAAAAGCAUUUGUCAUUUCACAAAGUUUGAGUGGAUAACCCAGGGGAGGGAGGAGUUAUACUAUGUACAACUAAUAAUUAUGACCUUACAAAGCAUGUAAUUAAAAAAAAAAAAGUGUGCAUAGGAAAUCCUUAAAAGUUUUGUGCAAUAAACUAUUUUUGGUAAAGGGU